CAUCAGGAUGCCAGCGUUGCCUCUGGAUGAACUCCAGCUGACAGAAAGGGAUCCGAGGACAGGGAAGCUGAGAACUCUACCAGCACUGCACCCAGAAAUAAAAGCAGAUCGGUCUUUUGUGCUAUACAGACCACCGCCUGUUGUCAGAGACUCUGCUUUAGUGGAAGAGUUCUUGGAGCGAGCAAAAUUCAUUGCAGAUGACCUGAACUGGCUUCUGGCUUUGCCUCAUGAGAAAUUUUGGUGCCAGGUGAUAUUUGACGAGACACUUCAGAAAUGUCUGGAUUCCUACCUGUGCUAUGCCCCUCGCAAGUUUGACGUGUUGUCCGAUUGCCAUCCAGAGGUGAAUGACAUGCAGAAACGUCUUCAUCGGAGUGUCUUCCUGACGUUCCUCAGAAUGUCCACUCACAAGGAGUCCAAGGAUCAUUUUAUCACUCCCUCUGUCUUUGGCGAAAUUAUUUACAACAACUUCCUGUUUGACAUCCCUAAGAUUCUGGAUCUCUGUGUGCUUUUUGGGAAGGGAAAUGGUCUCCUGCUCCAGAAGAUGAUCGAAAAUAUCUUCACUCAGCAACCGAGUUACUUCAGUGACCUAGACGAGACUCUGCCCACCGUCCUCCAGGUGUUCAACAAUAUUUUGCAUAAGUGUGGUUUGCAGUGUGAAGGAGCCUCCGCUGAGCCCCAGAAAUUGGAAGAAAAAAUAAAUGUGACGCCGGGGAACAUGCCCCUCCAGGAGCUGAAGGAUAUUGUGCUGUACUUAUGCGACACUUGCACAACACUCUGGGCGUUUCUUGAUGUCUUCCCCUUGGCUUGCCAGACCUUCCAGAAACAUGAGUUUUGUUACAGAUUAGCUUCGUUUUAUGAACUGGCCGUUCCUGAGCUGGAAUCUGCAAUUAAGAAGAGGCAUUAUGAGGAUAACAGCGUUUUUGCUGAUUUGUGGAGGAGAAUUUCGCAUUCCAGGAAGAAGAUGAUCGAAGCUUUCCACAUCCUAAUAAACCAAGUCUGUCUCCAGCCCAUCUUAGAAAGCAGCUGUGAGAAUAUUCAGCCUUUUAUUGAGGAAUUUCUACAGAUCUUCACUUCGGUGCUUCAGGAAAGGAGAUUUCUCCGGGACUAUGAUGAGCUGUUUCCUGUUGAGGAUGAUGUCAGUCUCCUUCAGCAAGCAUCCUCCACGCUAGACGAGACCAGGACAGCCUAUAUCCUCCAGGCGGUGGAAAGUGCGUGGGAAGGGGUAGACAGGAAAAAAGCACAAGUUGUUAAAGAUCCAACGCCACCAGCAGCAUCUAAUGGAGCAUCAGCACUAGCGGAGAGCGCUGCUGAGGACCUGGAAGAGCUCGGGGCUGCGUAUGCAUCAGAGGAUGAGUGCGCCGGUGCUGCUGCUGCGCCCGUCGCCAGGGUGUCAGGGGUGGAGCUGGACUCUCUCAUCUCUCAAGUGAAAGACCUGCUGCCAGACCUCGGUGAGGGCUUCGUCCUGGCCUGCCUGGAAGAGUACGGUUACAAUGCGGAGCAAGUGAUCAACAACAUCCUAGAAGAUAAGCUGGUGCCCUACUUGGAUAAGCUGGACCGAACGAUGCAGAGACAGCUGAAGCCAGACCCUACUCCUCUAGUCACUUCUCGCUAUAAUGUUUUCCAGAACGAUGAGUUUGAUGUUUUCAGUAGGGACUCGGUGGAUGUUUCUCGGAUACAGAAAGGCAAGCGAACGAGGGAGAAGGACACGACCAGGAGUUUGCUGAACGACAAACGCCUGAUUGCUGAGCAGAAGGAGCGCUACAGCCAGUACAGCGUGGUGGUGGAGGAGGUGCCUGUGCAGCCAGGGGAAGCUCAGCUCUACAAGGAGGACUAUGAGGACGAAUACGAUGACACUUACGAUGGCAACCAAGUGGGGGCAAAUGAUGCUGACUCAGAUGAUGAGCUGAUCAGUAGGAGGCCGUUCACAAUUCCUCAGGUCUUGAGACCUAAAGGACAGGAAGAAGGACAGGAGGAAGAGGAAGAGGAUGAAGAGGAGGAGGAGGAAGCUGAAAAGGAAAGAACAAAGGACCAUUUUGUGCAGGACCCAGCUGUGCUGCGGGAGAGAGCUGAAGCCAGGCGGCUGGCUUUCCUGGCGAGGAAGGGGCACAAGCAUGACAGCUCUGCUGUUGUUGGGAAUGUGAAGGGCCACGGGCAGAACCGGGAAACAGUGCAGGAACGAAGGAAGAAGGAAGCAAACAAAAGCACAAGAGCUAACCAUAAUCGACGAGUCAUGGCUGACAGAAAGCGGAAUAAAGGCAUGAUCCCUUCCUGA